UUUUUUUUUUAAAUAUGAGAUCGAGUCUAUUAUUAAUAAGAACAUCAUGUGCUCAUAUAACUCGACGAACAAUACUUUAUCCAAUUUUAAAUAUAACUCAAAGAGGCAUUCAUCAGCAAAAUGAUUUAAAAAAUACAACCUGUAAUUUUGAUAAUACAGCAACCACUUCCUCUAACCCACCUUUAUCUUUCCCUUGUAUCGACAAACUUGCUUCACGUACAAUUGAGCUCAUUGAUAAUGGCCCUGAACCUAGUUAUGAUAAUAUUGUGACGGGUUAUGAAAAGUUUAAAUAUCCUUACCCCUUUUUACUCGAUCAUGGUGGCAUUUUGCCAAAUUUUGACAUUGCUUAUGAGACAUGGGGUACAUUGAAUGAGAAAAAAGAUAAUGCAAUUCUCAUUCAUACAGGUCUCUCUGCUUCUUCUCAUGCAAAAUCGCAUGCCAAAAAUACAAAACCUGGAUGGUGGGAGGACUUUAUUGGUCCUGGUGCUCACAUUGAUACUAACAAGUUCUUUGUAAUUUGUACUAAUGUUAUUGGUGGUUGUUAUGGAUCUACAGGUCCAAGUUCGAUUGAUCCUGCUGAUGGUGAGCAUUACUCUACUCGAUUCCCUAUUAUUACUAUUUUCGAUAUGAUACGUGCACAAUUUAAACUAUUGGAUUAUCUUGGUAUUGAUAAAUUACAUGCAAGCGUUGGUAGUAGUAUGGGCGGUAUGCAGUCGAUUGCUGCUGCUAAGUUGUUUCCUAAUAGAGUGAAAAGACUUAUAUCAAUUUCAGCCUGUGCUAGAUCUCAUCCUUAUUCAAUCGCUCUUCGUCAUACACAACGUCAAGUACUAAUGGCUGACCCAAAUUGGAAUAAAGGAUUUUAUUAUAAAGGAAUUCCACCUCAUGUUGGUAUGAAGCUUGCCCGUGAAAUUGCUACAAUUAGUUAUCGAUCAGGUCCAGAAUGGGAGUUUCGAUUUGGACGUAAAAGGGCUAAUGAAAAUCAGUCACCUGCUCUUUGCCCAGAUUUCUUAAUAGAAACUUAUUUGGACCAUCAAGGUGAAAGAUUUUGUCUUCAAUAUGAUCCUAAUUCUCUCCUCUAUAUUUCUAAAGCCAUGGAUAUGUUUGAUAUGUCCUCUUCUGUUAUUGAUAAACUUCAAAGACAACGAGAACAGAAUUUACCUAAAGUAGAAGAAGUUUUAAAAAAGCUGGAUCAAAUAGGAAAUGAAGAUAGGUCUCAAGUAAUGGCAGAGGCUUGUAGAUCUGUGUUUGGUACACAGUCAGCCUUAGAGGGUAGAAAUGAAAUAGAAGAAACUAAGGAACAGAAGAAGAAGAAGAGAUUAACUACACUAUCUUCUGAUCCAGCUACAAAAGAUUUAGUGAAAGGCAUGAAAGGGAUAAAUAUGCCUACAUUAGUAUUAGGCGUACAAUCGGAUAUUUUAUUUCCUGUUUGGCAGCAAAAAGAGAUUGCAGAAUGUCUUCGUGCAGCAGGCAACCAUCAAGUUACUUAUUAUGAACUGGAUACUAUGUUUGGACACGAUACGUUCUUAAUUGAUCGUGUCAGUGUUGGUGGUGCUAUAAAGGGUCAUCUUGAAUUAUUAGAUGAAAAAUAACGAAGAAAAAGAAAAGGAAAAAAAAGACUUUACAUUUAUUUAUUUUAUUUAAUAGAAGAAAUAAAAAAAAAUUAUCAUUGCUAUUUUACUCGUCUCAUUUUACUAUCAUGUUUUCCAUAUUGUUCC